GGCCGUUGCAGUAGUGGUGGUCAGCAUGUCUGUACGUUUAUUGACCUCGCGACUUUUUAAACAUGGUCGUUUUUUGCUCCAAAGCUAUUGGAAGAGAGAUAUACACACCAACAUUUUGGAACAAAAUCAACAACGAACCCGUCAACAACCCUUGACAACAUUAUUUGUUAAAAUUCUGGGUAAAAAUAUGUCUUUCCAGAAAUCCGCUGCCCGUGGUGCCAUAAAUGCCGUAGCUGGUAGCUCCAAAGCCGGUGUUGCCACCGGCCAAUUGGCCGCCAAUGUACCCCAUUCGGCGGGCAUUUUCCGCUUUGGCCAACAGGCCCGCAAGCUGUUCAUUGAUAACAUCUUAAAUCGUGUCACCACCACCUAUUCAGCUGAGCUAAGGACCCAGGCCACCAAAAAACUAUUCUAUGGCGAUUCGGCACCAUUUUUCGCCCUCAUAGGUGUCAGCCUUGCCUCUGGGGCUGGAGUCCUCACAAAAGAAGACGAGCUCGAAGGUGUCUGUUGGGAAAUACGAGAGGCAGCAAAUCGUCUACAAAACUCAUGGAACUAUGAUGAAGUAUCCGAGACCUUAGAUACCUCAUUUAGUAUUGAUAAACUCUCAAUUGGUCCCGCCAUUGCCAAAGGUUGUGCCGCUGUGGUCUAUGCUGCUUCCUUUAAAAAUAAUUCCACUUUAGAUUGUGCACCCGAAGCACCGGAAAUUAUUGGCUCACCCACAACAUCGGAACAUAAUUCUCCUGCAGGACGUCAGCCACAACCAUUGCAUCAACAAUCCUUCCGUCCGGAAUAUAUUACGCCCAUCCAGAAUAUAUCGCGUUUUGUUCACAAUUUUGGUGGUUCUGUCGAUAAUGUCCAGUUGUUUAGUCAAACAUCGGCGGCAGCACAAUUUCGUGAUGUCUUGGAGGCGGAACGUAAGCUGGAGGAUUUAAAUCAAAGUAAAGAUUUUAAGUUGAGCGGAAAUUCGGAAGUGGAAUUUUCGGGUGUUAGUAGCGGUACAAUGGGAUUGCAAACAAUGGACACCUCUGCCACAAAUGCCAAUAUCCAUCGCUAUCCUUUGGCCCUGAAAAUGAUGUUUAACUAUGAUAUCCAAAGUAAUGCCUUGGCCAUUCUACGAGCGAUGUAUAAAGAAACUGUCCCAGCAAGGCAACGAUACAUCAACGAAGCGGCCGAAUCAUGGGAACAACAUUUACAAGAUCAAACCCUUACCCUACCACCACAUCCAAAUAUUGUCUGUAUGUACGGAUUCUUUUGCGAUGAAGUUGGUAAUUUCCCAGAUGGUCAUUUACUCUAUCCGAUUGCCCAACCGCAACGCAUUAACCCCAAUGGCUAUGGGCGCAACAUGUCAUUGUAUUUGUUAAUGAAACGUUAUGAUUAUAGUCUGAGAUCCUAUUUGGAUUCACAUCAGCUGUCGACACGUUCGAAAUUGUUGUUGUUGACCCAAUUGUUGGAAGCUGUGGCCCACAUCAGCCGUCAUGGUAUUGCUCAUCGUGAUAUUAAAUCGGAUAAUAUUUUAAUUGAACUGAACGAUGAUGAUUCUCCUCCGAUUUUGGUAUUAUCGGAUUUUGGCUGCUGUCUGGCUGAUCGUAUUCAUGGUCUACAAGUGCCUUAUACCUCAUUUGAUAUUGAUAAGGGUGGUAAUGCUGCGUUGAUGGCCCCGGAAAUUAUCAACAAGCAACCAGGACCAUUUGCGGUAUUGAAUUAUUCGAAGGCCGACUUGUGGGCUUGUGGGGCAAUUGCCUAUGAAAUUUUUGGUAUGCGUAAUCCAUUUUAUUCCGCCAGUGGUGGUCGAGCGGUGGAGACAUAUUCUCUACGCAACUCGGAUUAUAAAGAUGAUGAUUUGCCCGCGCUGACAGAGGAGUGUCCCACCUUGGUGCAACAAUUAAUUUACAAUAUCCUAUCGCCGAAUCCAUCGAAGCGUGUGAGUCCUGAUAUUGCUGCUAAUGUCAUGCAAUUGUUUUUGUGGGCACCAUCCAAGUGGUUGAAGGUGGGCGGUAUGCCCAAUAGUGCAGAGAUCCUCCAAUGGCUUUUGUCCCUGACCACCAAAAUAAUGUGUGAGGCCAAUUCCCAGCCGGUGCCCCACCUUGGCAGUUAUCAGCAAUCUGGUAGACGUACUUAUGUAGAGUAUUUGUUGAUAUGCAGUUUCUUGGCCCGGGCCAGGCUACGACGCAUACGAGGUGCCCUCAAUUGGAUACAAAGUACGGUGGCUUAAAUUCCG